CCGCGUCACAGCGCCGGGCGGCGGCGGGGAGAUGCGGCUGCUGGCACUGGCGGCGGCCGCGCUGCUGGCGCGGGCUCCGGCCCCGGAAGUCUGUGCGGCCCUCAAUGUCACUGUGUCCCCGGGGCCCGUGGUUGACUACCUGGAGGGGGAGAAUGCCACUCUCCUCUGCCACGUCUCCCAGAAAAGGCGGAAGGACAGCUUGCUGGCUGUGCGCUGGUUCUUUGCACACUCCUCCGACUCCCAGGAGGCCUUGAUGGUGAAAAUGACCAAGCUCCGGGUGGUGCAGUACUAUGGGAAUUUCAGCCGCAGCGCCAAACGGCGGAGGCUGCGCCUGCUGGAGGAGCAGCGGGGGGCGCUCUACAGGCUCUCCGUCUUGACACUGCAGCCCUCCGAUCAAGGGCAUUACGUCUGCAGAGUACAGGAAAUCAGCAGGCACAGGAACAAGUGGACGGCCUGGUCCAAUGGCUCCUCAGCCACGGAAAUGAGAGUCAUUUCCCUCAAAGCUUCUGAAGAGUCAUCCUUUGAGAAAACGAAAGAGACUUGGGCAUUUUUUGAAGAUCUCUAUGUGUACGCUGUCCUCGUGUGCUGCGUGGGGAUCCUCAGCAUUCUUCUCUUCAUGCUGGUCAUUGUCUGGCAGUCUGUGUUUAACAAGAGGAAAUCCAGAGUGAGACAUUAUUUGGUGAAAUGCCCUCAGAACAGCUCAGGGGAGACUGUCACUAGCGUGACCAGCUUGGUCCCACUACAGCCCAAGAAGGGCAAGAGGCAGAAGGAGAAGCCUGACAUUCCUCCUGCAGUCCCUGCCAAAGCUCCGAUAACACCCACGUUCCAUAAACCGAAACUGCUGAAACCACAGAGAAAAGUCACCCUGCCAAAGAUUGCUGAGGAAAACUUAACCUAUGCUGAGCUGGAGCUGAUCAAACCCCACCGGGCUGCCAAAGGCACCCCCACCAGCACUGUCUACGCCCAGAUCCUCUUCGAGGAGAACAAGCUGUAGUACAGCGUCCUCCUCCAAGGUUCUAUUUAAUACCUGCCACCCAGUGAUUUAUGAAGCCUUGGAGACAAAGCCCUUAUGUCUGUAUUUUCACUCAUGCCUUCUGAGUGGUGGGGAGCCCCUUUUCAGUGGCAUUCUGGGUGCCUUCGAAGAGUACAAGGCUGCUCUCCCCAGAAGAAUAGGGGCCACAGCUCUUGACAGAUCUCCCAGGACAAGAUGCGCCUGGGUUUGAGCCCUGAGCAUAAGGAUUCUGAUCCUGAGAGCAGCCAAGGAGAUUUUCUGCUGAGCCAAACCCCUUCACAUUUUUCUCUUCUUUCCCCAGGUUUUCUUUAAAAUUGUUUUUAAAUCUUAAUUUUACUCUCUACUCUUCCUGUAUCCAUGAUACAAGCUCACAGUAUAUAGCUAGAGGAAAUGCCAUUAUGGACCCAGCUGUAAGAUGGCACAUAUGUUGGUUUUCCAAGGAUCAGAUGGCAUUGCCAGGGCCACAGCCAACUGCUGAUUGCCAGCACCACCUGAGAUGGCGUCUCUUGUUUUAAAUAGAUGCACUGACCCUGAAGAUUAAGGCCAGAGGGGCAGACUGACUAGAAGUAUAAGGUCUGUCUCUGAAUGCCAUGGUGCCCACUUAUGAGACCCUGAGGCCGCAGGACAAGAAGAACACCAUUCUAGAGGGCUUCCAGCCCUUUCACAAGGUGGAUCUGUACUGAUAGAGAAACACACUCUCUAAGAAGUGUUUACUCACCCUUUUCCAAAGGAGCACAGGCCUUGGCCAUUAGAAGACACACUGGAGCGCAUGGGCCUCUUCACUGUGUGCCAAGCUCAGUCACCUCUGAUUCAGCGCCUGAGGGUGUCUGCUGCCAGGUGCCCUCAGGGUAGGAGAGUGGGAAGUACACGCCAAGCUGGCAAGUGUGUUCUGAAGACCCUCCUCUUGCCAAGUGCCUUGCCCAUUGCAACCUUGUGUGUGAAUUCUAAUGGGUUUGAAUGGGGGUCAGGGUGCAUGGGGAAGUUGCUCUGUGGACCUUUGGGACACAGGAAUCUUGGACUUACUGGCAGGGGAUCCAUUCUGAAAGCACCAUCCUGUCAACUGUGUUGUUGAGGACAUUUCUUGAUGUGAGUAUAGUCUGGGUGGCUAUUUACUGUACACUAUAGAAAUUGUUUGACUAUGUAGUGGACCAUGUAUAUAUGAUAAAUUAUCUAUUUUAAACACAGCUGGGGUAUGAGUUGUGCCCUCUAUAUAGCUGUGUGAACUUGGCUGAAUUUCUUAUCCCCUAAUGACCUCAGACUCCAUGUUUGUGUAAAGAUGACUUAACUUCCCAUAGAAUUCUUGAGGGUAAAAUGGGAUAAUGAACCUUGCCAGUUCUAGAAACUGUAAAUUGCUACACAAAUGCUCUGUGUUGAUAUUCAUGCUAAAGCCAGUCUGCAUUUUCAAAAUGAAAAUUUCUUCACUAUUUAAGGCUUUCAUUGCAAUAACUUUAAAAACCAAAUAUUUGUCCACCAACUUAGCCCUACAGUAAUGUUCCCAAAGACUCAUGAGAGUUUAUGGUUUAUUGGAAAGGGUCCAAAUUGGAAGCAGAUAUUGAUUUUCUGGGAGCAAACCGGUCUGCCUUUACAAAGUGGAAGUUCACCAUCUCUGGAUGACACCUGUGUCUCAUUCCUCCCUCUCUGCCAGAUCUCGAAGGCAGUGAAUAAACCAUGCAGCUUUUGAGGAAGAAAGACCCGUUUGGAAGAACUCACUAGAACUUCUUUGAGCAUCUCUUUGGGAGGGGAGGAUAUAUGGUUAGCACACCAUUCAUAUCAUAAUUAUCACAGGGAUUUUUAAUUUUAUCAUGGCAGUGUUCUGACAGAUGUGUAGUGUUUUGAGGGCAGAUGAUGAUCUCCUAAUUUGCCCAAAGAGCCUUAUGGGUUUGUGGGGCUCUGGGGGUGCCAAAUGGGAAAGAGAGGGGGCACAUGAAAAGGAAAUGGUGGGAAGAGGGCAACGGGCCAGGGGGUAAUAUCUUCCCAGGCCCCUUAGGCCUCUACAGAACGGAAGUGAACUUCAUUCACCCCCAAACCCACCCACUUAAAUCCAAGGAGAGCUUAGGGUUAUUAUGCAUGGACAGGAACACAUUCUACCAAGAACACAUGCUCUUAAGAGCUGGUAGCUUUCAAUUAGAGUCAAACCAGUCAUUGUUAAAUUGUAGAUUGAAUCCAGCCUCUUUCUCCCAAAUUGUGGUCAUCACUGGAUGAAUCCACACUAAGGUGUGUGAAUGGGGACCUGCAGAUUAUCUCCUCCUACUGAAAAUGCUGCCCAGGGGAAUCUUGGAAGCUAUGGACAGCAUCCAGGCAGAGCUGGUCCCACUGUUAUCUCCAGAAGCAAACACCCAAGCUGUGCUCAGAACUGGAAGCAAUGGAUGACUUGUAUCUGGUACUUGUUUGAGAGGAUAUGUUGACAUUAUUGCCAUAGUAAGCUUAAAAAAAUGUGCCCACUCAUUCAUUCUUUAUCCAUGGACCACUAAUCGUGCAUUGUCAUUUCCAAAGAUAAGGGGAAACAUAUCACAUAUCAUUGAAAUAGAAAUUAGGGAAAGUUCAUCAAUUUGUUUUCACUAUAAGGCAUCAAUGGCAGAAACUACCUAUCAGUAAUUUUCAAAAUGGACCAUUGCUUAAAUGUUUAAAUGAAGUUAAAACAAGUAUGAACCCAUUGCUUAGAGUGCAGUGGCUUCUUUCAGGCAGACAGCAGAUGAUCUCAGAUUUGGUGGCAUGGAGUCAGCACAGGAAGCCGGGAGGUAUGAAGGGGCAUCCACCUGGGUGAAACUGUCUUGCCAAGCCAAAGCCCCGAGGCCUGCCCUGAAGCAGCCGUAGUGGAGGAGAGGCCAGGGAUUCCUUAGAGUCACCUCUUUACAAAGGUACCGCCACUCUGUUAGCUCACGGGGAAAAUAAGGAAAAGCCAGGCCUCCCACCUCCUGACUCUUGUGAGAGUGAAGACAACAUGGGGCAUUUAGAAAAUACAUUUUUAAUGUAUGAUAAUGUGGGCUGGCCCACACAGCAAUAAGCCCAAAGACCGCCUCGUUUUGGGGAUUAUUCAUGGCCCUGCUCAUCACAGCCUCUGAUAUACAUGACUGUAACCUAGGCUGAGCCAAGAAUGGAGCUCAUGCCAGAAAUGGUCCCAAGCAUGCACAUGGCCCCCUGGAAUAAUCAAAAUCCUGGGGAGAAAGAAAUCAUCUUUGCCUUGGGCAGUGAAGCUGGAAUGAAACAAAUCUAUCUGUUGCCACAACUCCUGCCUAAUGGAGAAGCCUUGGAAGGCAACAGACACUGAGCAAGAAGCAGGGAGGAGAAUGUCCUGGAAGGGCAGGACUCCACCCAAGUCCCUAACAUCCCCAGACUCUUCUCUUCCAUAAACUCUCUAAUUGCGGUUUAAAUCCUGGUUUUGGUCAAGCCAGUCAGGUUGCAUAAAGAAUUUGAAUACAGUAUGCAUCAAAGUUGCUUCCCAGAACAGGAAGCAAAACAAACAAACAAACAAACAAAAUACUGAUAUCAGUACCCAGGGUGCCCAAUUAGGGCACACCCAGUGGCUGCAUUGCAGCCCCUGAGCUCUUGCUGCACUGUGUGUCCUGCUGCCUGAGUGGGCCCCACCCUGGGCUCUGAAGACGCCCUUCUCAAUGGAGAGCUCCCAAUGGAGGGCUCCAGGACUGAUGCUCUCCCUAAGGAAGGGGGGCCUCAUGUUUGGAGAGGGACACCAGCAGGACCAGAGAAGGACUGAGGGGCGCUGACACCAACAGGUGGAAGGGAACAGUGUGGUAACAAAAAAGAGCCAUGCCACUUGCAUGCUGGAGGGAGUCUUUCUGUGUCAGCCUAAAGCUUAGGCUGGCUUCCACGUGGAACAUGAUGUCUUUCCAGUAUCCCUGCUCCAGGAGACUGCAGUGAGACCCAAGUGACCCAGCUCUGUGUCAUUUGGAGCCCAUUACAAAGUGAGGCAGCCACAUGGUGGGGACAUUGACCCCACUCCAGACCACACUCCCAUCUCCAUACACAGGUUAGAAACUGUUCAUCAGGAAGGAAAACCAAACAGAAAUUCGUGGUCUAGGGGAGGGUCUGCAUUCAGCAUGGCCAUGCUCGGCUGGAGUGGCUGUGGGGUGUCCAGAUAGAUAUGCAUGUAGACUAGAGCUUUCUCAACCUUAAUGCAUGCACAAAUCAUCGAGAUCUUGUUAAAAUGUAGAUCCUGGGUGGGCACGGUGCCUCACGCCUGUAAUCCCAGCACUUUGGGAGGCUGAGGUGGACGGAUCACGAGGUCAGGAGAUCAAGACCAUCCUGGCUAACACGGUGAAACCCUGUCUCUACUAAAAAUACAAAAAAUUAGCCAGGCAUGGUGGUGAGUGCCUGUAGUCCCAGCUACUUGGGAGGCUGAGGCAGGAGAAUGGCAUGAACUCGGGAGGCAGAGCUUGCAGUGAGCUGAGAUUGUGCCACUGCACUUCAGCCUGGGCAACAGAGCGAGACUCCGUCUCAAAAAAAAAAAAAAAGUGUAGAUCCUGGCUCAGGAGGUCUGGGAUAGGACCUGGGAUUCUGAGUUUCUAACAAGCUCCCAGGGAAGUCCAUGCUUCUGGUCCCUGAACCACACUUUGAGUGGCAAGGAUGUAAACUGUUGGAAACAUGGAUCUGGUGCUCAUUGCAGGAAAGGGGGUGUCCUCAGGGCAUAGGUCACAGCCAAAGCCCUGACAGUGGGCAAGAUUCCCCGGGAGAGGCUGCCUGCGCAUUGAGGAGGGGAAGGGCUGGGCCUGAGCAGUGGGGAACAUCCAUGCUGGAAGGUAUGCAGCAGGCGAGGAGAUCCAGGUAGAGAUCAGAGGACAGUGACUCACAGCAGCAGGGGAGAGCCAGGAGAAAGCUGCUCCUAGGGGUCUCUCAAAGGAAGAAGGGCUCCGGGGUGUGAACUCUGCAGAGGGCAGGGAGAAUAGAGGUUGAGCCUUUGCUCAUUCUGAAUUAAUUGAUUACUCCUUUUUAAAAGUGCUUGCUUUCUCUGGGAAAAAAAAAUUCCCCAGUGCACAAGGCUAACAGACGUGGGCGAUGAGCUGUGUCUGGCCUGCUGAGUGUAUUUUCCCCAGAGCAAUCCUCAUCUUCUCAGGGGGUGGGGAUUUGGACAAGACUCUUCCUGAGCACGCAGCGUGGUGGGGAAGGGUGGCCAUGGAGGUUUUCUGUUCCUUCUGUUGUCACUGGUGAAAGACGACUUGGUGCCCAAUUUCUAAUAAACGCAACGCUAUUAGCGUCACUCCAA